AUGUUUACCCGCUUUGGCCGUGUGACUAUCCCGAAGAGCGUGAGCGUGCAGCGCCGCUUUUUCAACAUUCAUGAGUACCAGUCGAAGGCCAUCCUGAAGGAGGGUGGCUGCAAAGCGGAGUUCGGUGUCGCGUGCUGCAACCUCGCCGAGGUGGAGGCCGCGCUGGGGAGGAUCAAGACUGAUAAAAAGGUCGUCAAGUCACAGAUUCUCGCCGGUGGACGUGGCAUGGGCACCUUUGUGGAUGGCUACAAGGGUGGCGUGCACGUUUGCAAGGACGCCACCGAGGCUAUGGACUGCGCCAAGCACAUGCUGAACAACACGCUGGUGACGAAGCAGACGGGGCCCAAAGGGCAGAAGGUCUCCGUGCUCUACGUGACGGAGGCCAUCACCGGCAUCAAGCGUGAGCUCUACCUUGCCCUCCUGCUCGACCGCAAGUCCGCCUCGCCAAUGUUUAUUGGCAGCGCCGAGGGCGGCAUGGGCAUUGAGGAACUCGCGCAGAAGAGCCCCGAGAAGAUCAAGCGGAUGCGCAUUAACGUACAGGAGGGCAUCAACGACGAAAAUUGCCUUGCCUUCGCCAAGGAGCUCGGCUUCGCCGGCCGCGCUGCCGAAAACGCCGCGGAGCAGCUGAAGGCGCUCUACAACGUUGGCAAGUCGAAGGACUGCACCCAGGUGGAGAUCAACCCCCUUGUGGAGCUGGAGAACGGCGACGUCAUGUGCAUUGACGCGAAGCUCUCCUUCGACGACAACGCCGAGUUCCGCCAAAAGGACAUUUUUGAACUCGCAGACAAGACGCAGAUUGACGCAAAGGAGGUGCUCGCCAAGAAACACGAGCUCAACUACAUUGCCCUCAACGGCAACGUUGGCUGCCUGGUGAACGGUGCCGGUCUCGCCAUGGCGACGAUGGACCUCAUCUCUAUGCACGGUGGCAAACCUGCCAACUUUCUCGACGUUGGCGGCAGUGCCUGCAAGGAGCAGAUCGUAGCCGCCUUCGAGAUCAUCACGGGCGACCCGAGUGUCAAGAGUAUCCUUGUGAACAUCUUUGGUGGCAUUAUGCGCUGCGACGUCAUCGCGGAGGGCAUCGUGGCGGCCUCGCGCCAGAUGAAGGGGCGCAUGGUCCCCGUCGUCGUGCGUCUCAGCGGCAGCAAAGAGGAGGAGGGCAAGCGCAUCCUCAAGGAGAGCGGCCUCGAGCUCCACCCUGCCCAGAACUUUGAGGAGGCUGCCCAGCUCGCCUGCAAGUUCGCGUCGGAGGCGGCGUAA